AUGUCAACCACAAAGAACAUCAAAAGCCAAAAUGCUCUACCUGUUGCCAUAUCUGAGGAUUGUCAGUAUGUCGCAGUGGUAAAUGGCCAGCAUUUAGAGUUACACCAAACUUCACAAGAAAGCAGCCAUCUCCGCACGAUUCCCUUGCAAAAUGAUGUUCAGGAUGCUGUAAAAUUUGUGCAGUGGUCAAGAGCAGGUGAUGCUCCCAAAGACAGAGGAGCCCAACACCCAAGGGUACUUUGUAUGAGGACUACUCAUAUCUCAGUUUUUGAUGCAGAGGAUGAGGACUGGGCCGCUGAGAUUGAUGCUGGGGACGGUAGUGGCUUUGUACAUGCGGACUUCACGCCGUCUGGAGAGGAUGUCAUUUGCUUCUUGGAAUUCAACGUCCAGAUGAUGAUCUUUAAUCUGAACACCAGUGAACAACGUAUCAUAAAAACACCCAAGUUUUCUGGCUUCAAUGGUUAUGCAUUCCGGCCACAAUCGGCACACCUAGCAAUACUUCUAAAGUUGGACGGAAAUGAUGUUUUGUCCGUCCAUGAACCAGAGUCCUACAGGUGUAUUGCCACAGCCGCUGUGCAGCUGGUCGAUGUCCAGGGUCUAAAAUGGAGCCCGAACGGGACUUGGAUUGCCUGCUGGGGAAAUUCUCUAGCAGGAACGGCGGUGGCUAUCUACACCGCAGAUGGCCAAUACUAUAGAGCCUAUACCGGAGGUGCAAACGAGAUUGGAUUUGGCGUGAAGACGGUUGAAUGGAGCCCUGACUCUGGCGUUUUGGCUCUUGGAAAACAAGGAGGUACCGUUGAAUUAAUCAACGGAAAAACGUUUUCUUUGGCAAUGGUUUUGGGAGAUCCGAUUACGGUUCCAAUUGGCCGAGAUAUCUACACCGAAACCAACCCAGCAGCCGCAGAGCGGGAAUACGCUCUCGCCCCAGAGUCUCCCGUCUUCCCGUUUACAUAUAAUGUCCCUGGCGGUACUCGUGCAAUAUCCGCCAUAUCGUUCAACCCAACUGGAACCAUGGUCGCUACGAUAGACAACGGGCUCCCGCAUAUUCUUUGGUUGUGGUCGAUCCAAGAACGGACGCCAUGUCUUGCGGGGGCCCUGGUUCAAAAGUCGAAUAUCAAGCAAAUCCUCUGGAGCACUGAGCACCCAGAACUAUUGAUGACGACGAGUGAUGAUGAUGUUGGAACGCUCCAUCAGUGGAUAUGCGGGUGUAUUCCGAGGAUAGCUCGAAUACCCCAUGCAGCUGGUGGAAAGAAUCACGCAUCCUGGAUUCAAUUGGAUAAAAGAGAGGCUGAUAGCUUGAUCUGGUUUGGUUGGCAAGAUGGAUAUACGAUGGGCUAUCUGAGGGGCGCCGGACAAGCGGCGGAAUUUAUCCAAAUAAAGUCCCUGGAGGAAGAAUGGCCCCAGUUAUCAGCGAGCGACUUCCCAUGCACCUAG